AUGGCUACUGCCUCCCUUUUUGCUUUCAUUUUUCUCUCUCAUCUACGGCUUAUUUACUCAACUGGAGAUGAUAUCAAAACCCUACCCAUUUGCCCACAGUCCUUCCUAUGCGGAAAUCACAGGCCCAUCAGCUUCCCUUUCACAAAUACCAGGUACGGCCAUUGCGGUAUUGUGAUAGAUUGUGAUCAUCCAGUUCUAAAGGUCCAACUAGGAAGCCAACGCUGGUAUCAUGUUAAAGGCACAAGUGACAAAUUCCUUGAAAUUCAUGAUCCCCUGCUUGAAGAUCACAUAUCUCACAAAAGAUGUAAUGACACGUUCAAGAAUUUAACUCUUCCCGACUUUGCUUUCGUUUCCUUCACCUUCACCUUCUUACACAAUCUCACCUUCUUCAAGUGCAACAAUACUCCUCAAACAGAGUAUGCUAGUUACAACAAAUGCAAAGGCUACUCAAUUUACUACAAAUAUUCAGAUCAUGAACCUCCACCUGCUAGUCUUCUCCAUGAAUGUUCAGCUAUUCAGCUGCCACUAAAAUUGUGGCCUCCUCCUCCUCCACACCCUGAUGACCCAUUUUCAAUAUUGACUGCAACUGUCCCUAUUGAAUUGCAUAUAUCCCGUGAUUGUCUUCAUUGUCAAAGUAGAGGAGGCCAGUGCCAAAAUAUUGAUCAAACCUUUCAAUGUACUGUGAAGAAGAAAGGCCAGGAAUUUAAUUCUUUUGCGUACAAACUUGGUAAAGGAGGAUAUGGAGGUGUAUACAAGGGAAAGCUACAAAAUGGACGUUUGGUGGCAGUGAAGGUUUUGACCGAUUCAAAAGGUAAUGGGGAAGAAUUUACUAAUGAGGUAGUAUGCAUUAGUAGGACUUCCCAUGUUAAUGUUGUCACCCUUCUAGGUUUUUGUUUUGAGGGCACCAAAAGAGCUCUCAUCUAUGAGUUCAUGCCUAAUGGAUCUCUUGAGAAGUUCAUAUAUGAUGAAAGUUCCUCAAUAAAACAUCAAUUAGGGUGGGAAACAUUGUAUCAAAUUGCAGUUGGCAUUGCUCGAGGAUUAGAGUACUUACACCGGGGUUGCAACACAAGAAUUUUGCACUUUGACAUGAAGCCUUAUAACAUUCUUCUAGAUGAAGACUUCUGCCCAAAGAUCGCUGAUUUCGGUCCUUCUAAACUAUGCCCAAACAAAGACGGUAUCAUAUCAAUGUUGGGCGCAAGAGGGACGAUUGGAUAUAUUGCUCCAGAAGUAGUUUCAAGAAGCUUCGGAGGGAUAUCUCACAAGUCAAAUGUCUAUAGUUAUGGAAUGAUGGUUUUAGAGAUGGUUGGAGGGAGAAAGAAUAUUGAUGUUGGAGUUGAUCAUACCAGUGAAAUAUAUUUUCCACAUUGGAUAUACAAUCGUGUGGAAUUGGAUGAGGAUUUGGGACUUCAUGGAAUUAUGAAUGAAGAGGAAAAUGAAAGAGCCAAGAAGAUGAUAAUAGUGGGUUUAUGGUGCAUACAAACUGACCCAUCAAAUCGGCCAUCUAUAAAUAAGGUGAUGGAAAUGUUAGAAGGGAGCCUGGACUCCUUGCAAAUCCCACCCAAGCCAUUCUUGUCUUCUCCCCCAAGACCGCCUGCAGAUUCUUCAACCAUACAAUUAUUGUAAUAUUGUGCUUUAGUUAUGUAAUCUUAAGUGCAUCAUCAUUUUCGAUCUUACUUUGUAUUGGU